CGUCUGAGGCGGUGGCACCUUCGCCACCGCCGCUACGCAGGGUCGUGCUGCAAUUUGGUGUCCCCUCUCCGCAGGGAGGGCUGAGCCGGGGCUUCACAGCCUGCGCUUCACCCGGCUCCGGCCUCCCGCUGCUGCCUUUGCCCACCUGCGCUCCCGCCCCGUCCUAUCUGAUUGAGAGAAAUCUCUCUAUCCCUGAGUCUUCUCUUCUGUCUCCCUCUCUUGUUCUUGUUUCACCUUUUCCACCUUCGCUUUUCUAAAUCCCGGAUCUCCUCCUUUCCCCAUCCACACUAGCUUUCAUCCUGUCUCCUUAUUACCCCUCCCCCUCGCCAAGUUCAUUCAUUCUGUGUCUACCCCUCGCCCCGACCUCCCCACUUCUUUCGCUCCAAUCUUUCCUUCCACCCUCUCCCGGCUUCGGCUCCCCUGCUGCUAUUUGCGGGGUGGUUUAAACAGUUCAUGGGAGUGUAAGGCCCGGACAGUGCCCUAGCGUUCGGAUCGUUGAGCAUCCAGCUCAGCUAGUUAGAAGGAGGAAGAUGUCUCUGCUUAAGUGGUUGCUGCGGGUUUCGAAUCGAUCUUUGCUCGCCUUCAUCUUCUUCUUCUCCCUCUCGUCGUCUUGUCUAUACUUCAUCUAUGUGGCCCCAGGGAUCGUCAACACCUAUCUCUUUAUGGUACAAGCCCGAGGUAUAAUGUUGAAAGAAAAUGUGAAAACAAUAGGACAUAUGAUCAGACUAUACACAAAUAAAAAUGCUACUCUCAAUGGUACAGAUUACCCUGAAGGCAAUAAUUCAAGUGAUUAUCUUGCUCAAACAACAAUGUAUCUUCCAGAAAACUUCACAUAUUCUCCUUACCAUCCAUGCCCAGAAAAGCUGCCUUACAUGAGGGGCCUUAUCAGUGUCAAUAUGAGUGAAAUCAGUUUAGAUGAAAUUCAACAGGUAUUCUCUAAGGAUUUAGACAUUGGUCCAGGUGGUCAUUGGAGGCCCAAAGACUGCAAACCCCGAUGGAAGGUGGCAGUUCUCAUUCCUUUUCGUAAUCGCCAUGAGCAUCUUCCAAUUUUUUUCCUGCACCUGAUACCAAUGCUACAGAAACAGCGAUUGGAAUUUGCCUUUUAUGUCAUUGAACAGACUGGCACCCAACCCUUUAAUCGUGCAAUGCUCUUUAAUGUUGGAUUUAAAGAAGCUAUGAAAGAUAUGAUGUGGGAUUGUAUAAUUUUUCAUGAUGUGGAUCAUUUACCAGAAAAUGACCGAAACUAUUAUGGAUGUGGAGAAAUGCCACGUCAUUUUGCAGCAAAGCUGGACAAAUACAUGUACAUUCUUCCAUAUAAUGAGUUUUUUGGUGGUGUGAGUGGAUUGACAGUGGAGCAGUUUAAAAAGAUCAAUGGAUUUCCUAAUGCCUUCUGGGGAUGGGGAGGAGAAGAUGAUGAUCUAUGGAAUAGAGUUCAUUAUGCUGGAUAUAAUGUCACCAGACCUGAAGGAGACUUAGGAAAAUACAAAUCCAUUCCUCAUCAUCAUCGAGGGGAAGUCCAGUUUUUAGGACGAUACAAGUUGCUACGGUAUUCAAGAGAGCGUCAGUAUAUUGAUGGAUUGAACAAUUUAAUAUAUAUUCCUAAAAUACUGAUCAGUAGGCUGUAUAAAAACAUCACUGUAAACCUCACUCCAGAUUUAGCUCCUGUUCAAGACUAUUGAAAGACAUGGAUCUUAUUGCAAGACCAACUGUACUACUGGACUAGAAAGUUUGGUGUGCACUGGUGGCAAAAACUUAUAAAAGCUUUUGGCUAUUUGAGAGAUGUGUGAAAAGAAGUAAAGUGAAUGGGUGUAUGACAGUGCACUGUAUGCUAAAAAGAAGAAAUGCCAGCAGCUAAUACUUAAUGUUUACAGCAUGGAACUAUUAAGAGUCAAGCUUUCUUUCACUAUAUUCUCUGUGUUAAAAAACCACUCAGCUAUAUAUGUGGAUAGCACCGCAGAAAACAGAUACCAUUGCUUAGGAGUGAGAGCUCUCUUCUACCGGAAAACAUUUUAUACUAAAAACUAUUAUUUUAAUUUAAGGGAAUGCUUUAUUUCCUUUAAAGAUGUUUUGUAAAUAUAUGUGAUAUAAAUUUAUGUGGUCAAAUAGCUUUUAAAUAUAAUAAUGUGUUGAAAUUCUGCAUGCCCCUAUUUGUUUUUUGGUUUUUUUGGUAGGAUUAAAAAAAAAAUUGCAUGGAAGAACCAAUGUAAAAUUGUUACUGAACAGAGGCUAACCUUUGUGUGAAAUGAAGGAACUGUCAAUAAUUGAUGGCCAGCUAUAAUAGUAAACUAUUAUACUAAUUUUGAGCUUUAGGCCUUCAGCCUUUUUUAUUGGACAGAUUCAUAGCUUUCAUCAGCUGUUAAUGGUAAAGGGAAAGGAAUUAAGUAGUUCUCUUCCUGCUAGGUUUAUGUAAUUUCCUUGCUGACUUUCUCACCUAGUUUUGCUGAAUCACAACCAUAUUGUUUAUGUAUACUGCAUGUGUAAUACCAAGAAAAUCUUAAAAGUUCUUAUAUAUCGUUAUAUAAAGGACCUCUUAUUUUAAGCGUCUUCACAUGUGCCACUAGUGUUAGUGUCAGGGAUUCUGUGCCUAAAACAAUGUUCUCAAGUUCCUGGGUGUUUGUAUACUGUAGGUUUUUUUUUUUUAUUAUUACUAGUGAACAGCACUUUUAUUCUUCCCAAAUCAAAAGAGCCAAAAAAGACUUCAUUUCAAAGAAAAACCACCACCACUAUAGUUUUGUUGUUUUUUCUAAAGAUUGAAUUAUGGGAAUUAUGCAGUGCUUGUGUUAUGCUAUCAGUUUGGGGAUUUAAAUAAAGAAUUAGACUUUCUAUUUUGUGGAGAUAAAUAUUAGAAGGAAUUAUCACAUUUUUAAAGUUUGAUUCAGCCUACAUUUUAUAUAGUCAGAAAAUUAUAGCUGGAAAGGGACCUACAAGAUCAUCUAAUCCAACUUCCCCAUCUUACAGAUGAGGACACCGAGGUGGAGAUGAAUCGACUUGCCCUAGAUCAUUUAGCUAGGGGCAGAAUCAAGAUCAGAACCCAGUCCUCAUGUCACUAUACCACACUGCCUCUUCUGUAUCAUUCACUUUAAGGAUCACUCAUGUGGUAUUACUGAUUACAUUUGCCAACAAAAUGCAUUCAUGGACAGAACCAUAUUAAAAAAGAGCUUUCAAUGAACUUGAUUUAGAGAUGAGUCAAAUUGUGUCAUUCCCCCUCCCCCAUAACUACAUUUAGAAAAUGCCUAAUAUAAAACAAUUCAUAAGUAGGUAUUAGUCAAGUCUCUAACACAAGGGUAAUAAAAAGGUUUCACUUUAUUUAGAAACAUGAUAUACUUAAUUUAAAUUUUAAGUGAACUUUUUGACAUGGAAGCAAAUUAUACCAACAUGCUACCUUUUUUUGACAACUGCGUCAAUCAUAGUCAUUCAUUAUUUCUUGAACCAAAGAUUUUUUUAAUCCCUAAAUGUUAUGAUAAAUGUCAAACAAAAUAGGUAGUUGCAGAAUUAGAAAAUGUGCAACCUUAUUUACAACUGAAUAUUUGCUUCAUGCAUUGCUCUGAAAAGAUCCAUGGUUGGAUCAUCUCAGGUUGUGAGGGUAACUUUAAAGAAGUUUUUGCGCUAGCAACUUUGACAGCACAAAGGAUCAUAACCCAAAUCUUACAAAUCAUUAGGCUGCCUAUAACUUUGAGAAAACAGAAAAUCAUUUGGCAUAAAGUUAGGAAAUGAGAUAAAUUUAUUUCUGUUAUUUUGCUUGGAAAUUAAAAAAAAUUUUUUUAAUAUAUUUUCUUUUCACUUCCUUCUGUGGCAUAAAUAAAUGUCAGCUGAACUUUUUAAAAUGGUUGUUUAAAGUGCUUUUAGAAUUUUAUUCUCUGGUCAUUUUUCUCUUAUAUCAAAUAUAUUUUCUUACUUCUAUAAAAUAAAAGCAGCUGUGAUGGAAAAAUAGCAUUUAUUGAGACCUACAAUGCCCUAAGUUUUUUGUUUUUGUUUUUGGGGAACAAAGUAAGCCUAAUUAGUAAAUACUUACACAGACAAUUCUGGAAUGAGGUUGCAGAUGGAGAGAAGAAUUAAUGCAGGCUCCUAUUUCUCAUUAAAGAACCUUUUUUUUUCUUAGAAUGUUUAAAGCAGCUAUAAAUCUUAAUUUUUUUAACUUUUAAAAGUUGAGAAUUGACCACAUUUUGGCUUUUUCAUUUAAAAAUAUCUGCUACAGUAUUAAGGCAAACAUGAUACUUUAAGGUGUCUGCCAUGUUUGUUUGGCCUAUGUAUGUUUUUUGACAUGACUUUCAUUUUUUUUUCAGUUUUGAAUCUGAAUGUUUGGAAUCAUUCAGGUACAUGUAGUUGGAAAUUGUAUGUACUUUUUGGGUAAAAUGUCUAGAUAAUCAAUUUUAUAGUUGAAACAGUGAACAUGGGUGUGGUUCAGUAUUAGUGGAUCAAACCUUGCCCAGUUGCUUAGUUGUAGUUAAAAAACAUCCUAAUUUACUCCAGAGAAAUGAAAAGAGUACAUAAAUGUACUUACGUACAACAAUAUAUUCUUUUUUUUUUUUUUAGUGAGGCAAUUGGGGUUAAGUGACUUGCCCAGAGUCACACAGCUAGUAAGUGUUAAGUGUCUGAGGCUGGAUUUGAACUCAGGUACUCCUGAAUCCAAGGCCGGUGCUCCAUCCACUGCGCCACCUAGCUGCCCCAACAAUAUAUUCUUAAAUCAGUCAAAUCAGUUUUGUUUAGGCUUAAAUAAUGUUUGUCUUAUUAAAAGAAUAUAAAGGAUAUCAUUCAAUAAUUUAAAUAUUCUAAAUAACAAUCUGGGGUUGUUUAAAAAAGACUACCUUGAGGGUGUGACUUUAAAUCGUCCAUAGUGCCCAUUGCUCUAUAGCGGGAGUUAACACAGUGCCUUUUUAAAAAAGGAAAUGUAAUGACUAGUGUGCAUACUUGUGAACAAAGUUUUGUACACAUGGUCUGUCUGCUGCUGAGGUUCUUUUCUAAUUCACAAUUUAAAUAUAAAAUUCCAUCUUUUCUGGCUUCUACACUUGACAGAAAUAGAAAAACCUAUGCCAAAUACAGGAUAUAAUGAACUUGAAAAAUCCAGUUUUCAAAUUCUAUUUCUAUUUUUUUUUUUGCAAGGAGGUGGGGGUGUUAAUGAUCGUACCUUAUUCACUUAGUUUGCAUGGAAAAGUGGUUGCUUAUUGAAACACUGUCUCUGCUACUCUCCUAGCCAAAUCGUUGAUUUCCAUUUAAAACCAAAAUGGAAAAAAAUAAUCAAUAGAACUUCCUCCCCUUUGGGGGAGGAUGUUCUGACAAGUGAAUGCAAAACGUUUCUUUUUUUUUAAUCUUUACCAGUCUGCAUUAUAUUUCAUUUUUGUCUUUCUCAACUACGUAAUAGACUACUAGUCUUGUUGCAGUGGAAUCAUGAGUGUGCUAGUCAAGAAAAAUAAAAAGGAUGCAAUGGUGUAUAUCAAUAGAAAGUGUACUUAAGACUUUUAUUUAUAAAGGUGUGAAAGGCUUUUACAAAAAUGCACUGAAAUGCUGGGAACUUAUUGUGUACUAUCAUGUUCUGAUUUUUAUUUUGCUCUUCAUGAAAAUGUUUGUACUUUUUUAUCAUUGUCUUUUAUGAAAUAUAAUGUUCUAAAGAU